CAAUAACGAGACGAACAAUCAACAAGAAAAUACGAAAUUUUUAUUGAAAAUUAGGAAUUUUUAAUUUUUUUAAACGCGAUUCAACUCUCUUCUACUCGAUAGUGGACACAUUGGUAAAGGAACUUUUGGCAUUGGUAUUGGGAACAAAGCUAAAAGCCAAAACAAAGGAGUGAAACCACUAAAAAAUUGGUCGACUAUUACGUGUGGUGAAGUGGAUACGAAAAAUAUUUGUGAAAGAAAAAAGAAACCCCGAAAAAGACAACGUUGACAGCUCCAAAGACCGUCUUCGAGUCAAGUGUGCGUGUGUUUGUGGGGCUGUGUGAGUGCGUUCGUGGUAGAGGGGUCGCAGAUUUCCCAACGGCGGCGGAUAACGUUGGACAAACGAAAGAAAUAUUGAAGUGAAACAAUAAAAAAAGAGCUCUGCUACGUGAUAAAAUGCGAAUGUAAAGAAAUUUUCUUUAAAUUGUAAGAGACACAAAGGGCAAAACAAAGGCCAACAGGCCACCACCACAAGCAAAUAUCAUAUCUUCCUCAGGGAUUUUGUUGGAACGGGGCCAUACACUUGCGAGAAAGGACAACAACAGUAUUUAGUUGAUUUGGCCCCUAAAAAAGGGGCCAAGUCCAUGCGAAUAUUUCGCCAGUUUGGAUUUUGAGAAACCAUUGAAUGGGACUGCUUCAUUAUUAUGGUGUCCACCAGAAAACAAUGACACGUUGCCACCCUUUUGCUUUUCUACAUUGAAUAGCAGCGAUUGAUGCUCCCCUCGAGAACAUCAUAAACUAAAAAAAAAGAACAAAAGAGGGUCAUUCGUUUUGCGUAUUUAAAAUUGAUGUCAGAUAUACAAUUUUAUGGUGGUGCCUAUAAAGAAUUUGAAGUAAACAACAAUAAAAACAGAAAAAACCUUAUCCAAAAAAUUAAAUCAUAUCCAAAUUUAUUUGCCAAGCUGCAAUUAUACAGCAAAGUAAAACAACUGUUAAUUCAGCAACAACAACAAGGACAAACGUUUGUUCCAUUUUUACCUCGGCGCUCCUGUGGCUGGUGACAUUCAUUGAGUUUCCAGUACAAUAGCGCUAUAUACAUAUGUCAUACCGGUGACGGACGAGACACCCAAAGCCAACCAAACGACGUCUCUUUCAACCUUAAUUUCCUUUUGUGGGGAUUUGUGUUGCGCGAUCAUCUUUACACUCCACCCAAUCCCCACCCCCAAAAGUUGUCGCCGUUUUUUCCUCUCCCUCUACUCUGUCGAUUGAUUUCAUUAUUUUUUCUGUUUAUAUCGGUUCGUGCGCUGUCGCCGCUGAGUCGUGUGUCUGUUGUGUGUGUGUGAUCUUGUCAGUGAAAUUUUUUUCGUGAAACUAAAAAAUCGUUGAUUUUUUUAGGUUUCUUUCGAAAAAAAUUAUCCAAGAGAUCCUGACACAACUGACCCGAGUGCUGCUGUAACGCCGUUCCACCUUGAAUGGGAGAGCUAUGAACCUAGACCAUCUGAAAUCGACGCUGACGCAGAUUGGUAAUUUGGUCAAACAUUUAAAUAAGAAAAAUUUUGCUGAAACAACUGAACAACUAAAUCAGUUAAUUGAAGAAUUUGGCUUAGAAGCGGAUCGUCACUGUCUGCGUUGUCUAUUUGUGAGUAUCAAUUUUAAUGACCCGGCAUUAACGUCAACCAACUCGCCAUCGUCGUCAUCAUUAUCAAACGUUCAACAACAGCAACAACAACAGGUCUUACUUGCUAAACUAUUGCAAAUUCAACUGGAACUGCAAUUGAACAAAGCGGCGCAUAUAUCAAAUAUUUGCUUUGCCAUUGAUAGCUGUUGGCCCCAACAGAAGAGCCUAAAGCCGUCCUCCCACUUCAUCACUCAAAUUGUUCGCAUAACCGGCAUCAACAAGUUGUGUGAAUGUGUUGUAAGCUUGUCGCUGACACAUUCUAGCCACUCGGAUUUGCGCACAUAUGCCAAUGAUCAGCUGCGUAAAGGUCUACCUGAGUUAAUUGAGUCGUACUUGGGUAAAAAUCAACAGUCUGCAGCUGUCAUCAGUAGCUUACACGACGCCUCAUUGGAUCUAAUUCAACUGCUGCUGACCUGCUUGGAUUUGUAUGUGGUUGAUAAACGUUUACGUCAGCAAUUUGUACAGAAAUUAAGAGAGGAGUUCCCUCGAGAACGCGUACCGUUGAUCUUGGCACCAUAUUUGUAUGCUUCGCCCACAUCUUUGAAUGCUGCGGACUAUGCAGAUGGAGAUGGAAUAGUAUCUUCGUUGGCGCCACAAAACGCUAUCAACACUAAUGGCUUUAUUAGGGAAGUACCCAUAGAAGAUAUCUAUGACAAUUUGUGCGAAAACAUAUUUUCCCAACACGACUACAACAAUAUUAUGGAAACAUCUUGGAUUAAUUUAAUCCUAGAAAUCGGCUAUGAGUUCACUUCCAGUCUCGAAGAAUGUAAAAAUCAUCUGCGUAGUGGUGGCUCGACUGGUGGCAACAAUAGUGGCGGCGGUGGUAGUGGGGGUGGUGGUGCCGGCGGCAAUGCCAGCGGCGCAGCUGGUGGUGUAAACAACCAGCGUGAAUUACAACCUCAGGAUGUAGCCAAGGUCAUAGGACUUAUGUGCCGACGGCACACAUCCCUGCUUGAUUGUAAUGUGAAUUUGCCCACAGCGGCAAAUUUUUGGCCCCAACAAAGCUCCCAGAAUAGCCAACAGCAACAGAAUGCUAAUAACAAUAACAGCAAUGACAAUUCCGCCGCGAACACCGACAAAAGUAACAAUGGAAAUGACAAAAAGGACAAGCCCGCAGGUGGCAAUAGCUCUGCUGGUGGCACCGGCAGCACUGACACAACUCAGGCCUGGAAACCUGAUGUUUUUGUGCAGGCUUUAAAAGAGGUUGCACCACAAUUAAAUUGGAAAGAAGUUUGUUUGGAACUCGACCACCCAGAGUUUAUAAUCAAGGAUCGAAUUGGCAUCGAUCUACUCUUGACAAUUUUCCGCUUAGCCACCCAAUCGAAUCUGUUUCCACAUCCAGAAUGCAUUUAUCGUCAUUGGCAAAAUGUGGAGGGGCAGUUCUCCCUCAUAGCAGUGAUGUUGAAAAAUCCCGAUCUUUUCUCGUUUGCCGACUACAUUUUCAGCCCUGCGCCGGUGGAAAUGUUGAAGACCCCUCCGGACGUGGAAAACAAAGAAAUAUGUGCUUGGAAAUCACUCCACCUGGUUGAGGUUCUACUGUAUAUAGCAGAUCAUGGUUUAUAUGCCCAAGUCCAUGAGUUGCUGAAAUUCCCGGCACAACAUUGUCCUGAUGUGUUAUUCCUUUCUUUGCUGCAUAUAAAUCCACCUCUCACAGCUUUAAGGCAGGAGUUGUUCAGUCAACUCAUACCAACGUUUUUAGCUAAUCAUCCCAAUUCAGGUGUAAUAUUGGCGAGCGCUUGGAAUUCCAAUAACUUUGGCAUGACCCUGAGGCCUCUUAUAAUGCAUGCCAUGUCCGAGUGGUACUUGAGGGGAACGGAAUACGAUCAGGUGAAACUCUCACGGAUAUUAGAUGUAGCUCAGGAUCUAAAGGCAUUGUCUACAUUGCUGAAUGCGCGCUCGUUCUUGUUUGUGAUCGAUUUGGCAUGCUUGGCUUCCCGAAGGGAGUAUUUGAAACUCGAAAAGUGGUUAAGUGAUAAAAUACGUGAACACGGCGAACAAUUCAUACAGGCAAUGUUGAAAUGUUUACAGAGACGUUGCCCACAAAUCACAAAUGCGAAAAUACCAGACGACCAAUUGCCGCCCAAGCAAGCCCAAUUGCCGCCAGAAACUGUGAACACAAUGCUCUCCUGUUUGCAGGCAUGCAUAGGCAAUGUGCCGCACGACAUUGCCGAAUUGAUAAUGCAAAUGACAGCUAAUUGCUCCAUAAUGGCCAACAAGGCUCGAGCUGCUGCGGCAGCCGCUGUGCAACAAGGGCCCCUUGUGCCCACCCAAAGUGCAAUGCGUGGCCAUCGUGGCUUAGACAUGAAUGCAGCGGGCGUGGGAGGUGUUGGCGGCGUGCCCGGCGGUGUACCUCCACCGUUCUCAGCCAAUCUUAAUGCUCAACAGAUGUUUGGUCCUACCAUGGAUACCUUAUCAAAUCUGACUACCAAUAUAGCUGGCCUAAAUUUAGGUGGUCCCAAUGGAGCGUUCAACUUUGGCAAUGUACUCAACAAUUUAGUUUCCACACCGGCGUCUCCAUCUCGUCUAAUGAAUCCAGCUGCUGCUAGCCCAUACCCAAUGAAUCCAAUGCAAAUGCCUGCUCCACCACCUGCUGUGGGUGGGUUGGGAAGAAUGCCGCCAGCAGCGCCUCAGCCCACGCCAACGCCGCCCAAUCCCAAUAACCCCAUCAUAGACGGCUUUCAAGGACCCGUCUCCAAGGAGAUCGAAGAUGAAGCUAAUUCGUAUUUCCAACGAAUCUACAACCACCCCCCUCAUCCAACGCUCUCCAUAGACGAGGUACUCGACAUCCUUCAACGUUUCAAAGAAUCAAACAAUCGCCGCGAACAGGAAGUGUACCAAUGCAUGCUGCGAAAUCUCUUCGAAGAGUAUCGUUUCUUUGCCCAUUACCCCGAAAAAGAGCUGCAAAUAACCGCUCAAUUGUUUGGUGGUAUCAUUGAACGUAAUCUCGUUCCAACAUUUGUUGCCUUGGGGUUAGCGCUGCGCUGCGUCCUCGAUGCCUUACGCAAACCGGAGGGAUCGAAGCUUUAUUACUUUGGCAUAACCGCCUUAGACCGUUUCAAAACUCGACUCCAUACCUACAACAAAUACUGCGAGUACAUACGAUCCAUACCACACUUCAAAGAUUUCCCUCCACUUCUUAUACAGUAUGUGGAAUUCGGCUACUUGGGCCAGGAACCUCCGCCCGGAAAAUUAAUGUUGAUGGGGGCGGGAGGUUCAGGUCAACAGCCUCCGGACUCUAUAUACCGUAGUAACUCAGUAACAGGGAAUAUUGUUACUACGCCCACUCAACAGAAGCCCAUGGUGGUGGCACAUCCAGCACGUAUGAAGUCCAUAGCCACAGCUACGAAUAUCGAUACGCUAUUGGUGGCCAAUCAAGAGGAAAAAAUCACCGUUCCUCCCGAGGCCAUACAAGAUAAGACUGCUUUCAUCUUCAAUAAUCUUAGUCAGCUGAAUAUACCACAAAAGGUGGAGGAAAUCAAAGAUAUUAUGACCAAGGAGUACUGGCCAUGGAUGUCGCAAUAUUUGGUGCUGAAAAGAGCCUCAAUGGAGUUCAAUUUCCAUACGCUUUACUUUAACUUUCUGGAAGCUUUGAUGAAUCCGGACAUCAACAGAUAUGUCACCAAAGAAACUAUACGCAACAUUAAAGUGCUGCUACGCUCCGACAAGGGUGUGGUCAAUUUCUCUGAUCGCAGUCUGCUUAAAAAUCUUGGCCAUUGGUUGGGUAUGAUGACUUUGGCCCGCAACAAACCAAUUUUACAAAUUGAUUUGGAUUUGAAGUCUCUGUUGGCCGAGGCAUAUCACAAAGGCCAGCAGGAGUUGCUGUUUGUAGUACCAUUUGUAGCAAAAAUUCUCGAAUCCUCUGGAAAGUCCAAAGUAUUUAAGUCACCCAAUCCCUGGACCAUGGCCAUUAUGAAUGUCCUGGGAGAAUUGCAUCAGGAGCCUGAAUUGAAGUUGAAUUUGAAAUUUGAAAUUGAAGUACUGUGUAAAAGUCUCAAUAUCGACUUGAACAAGUUGAAGCCUAUCAUCUACCUUAAGGAUCCCGCACGAUAUGCUAUGAUAGAAAAUCAAAUGGCCCAACCAAAGCCAAAGGCAAUUGAGGCGGGACCGUCACAGCAACAGCAGCAACAACAACAGCAGCAGCAGCAACAACAGCCUCAACCACAGCAACAGCCGCCACAACCGCAACAACCAACACCCACUCCACCCCACCAGCAUCCAAUGAUGACUGAAGCCGAUGCUCAGGCUAUUAUGAUGGCCAACUCAGCUGGAUCCGGAGGUGUCGUACCUGGUGGCGGUGCAAUACCCUCGCCCAGCAUACCCAAUGAUCAGGUGGGACCUAAUAUGAUGCCCGCGCCAGAACCGCGCUACUCAUACGUCGACAUUAACGUAACAAAUUUCCAAUUGAUUACCCAACAUGUGGUGCUCUCGCCCAACAUCGCUUUCAUUCACGUCAAUCCAAAUAUCAAGCAUUUGGUUUUGAAUGCCAUUGAACGAACUAUAACGGAAUGGCUGCAGCCAGUAGUGGAUCGAUGCGUUCGUAUCGCUGCCUCAACCACAGAACAAAUUGUGCGAAAGGACUUUGCUCUCGACCCCGAGGAACACCGCAUGCGUACGGCCGCCCAUCAAAUGGUGCGUAAUUUAGCCGCUGGUAUGGCUAUGAUAACUUGCAAGGAUCAAAUUACGCAAACAUUGAACAACAAUCUGAGGAAAGCGUUUAUGACCACACUUCCUGGUCCGCCCUCUUUCCAAGAGAUUGAGGGUGCUUCUAUCCAACUUACCAAUGACAAUGUGGAAUUGGCUUGUGCUUUUAUUGAAAAAACUGCGGCAGAAAAGGCUACACCCGAGGUGGACAGACGUUUGGCUGCAGACUUCGAAACCAGGAAAAUGGCCCGCGAAGAGAAUAGCCGUUACUUCGAUGCACAAAUUUUGGCCUAUCAGUCAGAGCGUUUGCCUGAACAAGUUCGCUUGAAGAUGGGAGGAGUGCCACCCAACCAGUUUGCCGUUUAUGCCGAGUUUGCCCGCAAUAUCCCGGGCUUCCAAGUCAUGAGUGACCGUGAUAUAGCUUUAUUCCUGCCUAAGCCUCAGGAAAUGCCCCCGACUUUCCCUACUGAUGAAAUGGGUUUGAUGUAUGCCGAGUUGGCCAGCAAAAUGGAAACGUUUCUUAACAGUUGCUUGAACAACAACAAUCUGCAAUUGCAGGCUGGCAAAAUGCACGCCCUCCUUAAUGCGCUCAUGGUCACCAGACGCAUACGUGACAACGAUUCCGCAUUGAAUCUACUAACACGAUGUGUGGAAGGAUUUGUCGAAGGUCUGAUCAACAUACCCGAACAUGUGGAACAAAUGAAACUCUAUCGGGAUAUACAUUUGCGAAUUUUGACACUAUUGCAAAAUACAUUCGGAGCUCCGGCCACAGAACGGGCCAUUACGAAGAGUGUCUUUGAUAUACGCGAGGAAGCUCGCUACAAUGUGGAAGCCAUUAAACUGUUGAUAACAUCGCAUUUUUUAAAUUUGCCCCAAUUUGAUGUGCUCUUGCGGGAAUCCAUGGAUAAUGGCAAUAAUUUUUUGGCCGUUACCUUCGCUAUUACAUUGAUGGAACGUUUGCUAACAGAUGAACGCUCCACAUCAAUAAUUGCAGAAACAGAGCUUCUGGUCACCAUAGAGAUGUUGAGUCGCCUGACCCAGCAUCGUCAUCGGUAUCCCGAAGCUUUGUCUCACUUAAUCGAUAUGCUAUUCGGAAGUAGCAAUACCAUGGAUGCCGGAACAUUCGGUGCUGUGACCGAUCGAUUUUUGGCCGGCGCUACUCAAUACAUUCAUUCAGGAAUGCAGCAUGUAAGGUCUAACGAUUGUGAUGACCCGCCCGGCUUGCAAGAGAAAACUGAAUUCCUACUCAAAGACUGGGUAGGCAUCUAUUCGCAGUCGCACAAUCUCUCGCGAGAAACAAAAAAUUUCGGUUCAUUUGUACAGAAAAUGAAUUUGUAUGGCAUCCUGAAAACCGAUGAUUUAAUUACACGGUUCUUCCGGCAAGCUACACAAUUUUGCAUGGAUUUGGUGUAUCGCAUUUUAAAUGACCACUCACACUCGGCAGCACAGGCGAAGGCAAAGAUCUUCCAUUGGAUCGAUGCUUUUGUACACUUGAUUGCCUUGCUGGUGCGACAUUCUGGCGAAUCUGGUAAUCCAACGACCAAAAUCAAUUUACUCAACAAAGUAUUGGGCAUUGUUUUGGGCAUACUGUUGCAAGAUCAAGAGGUCCAUUGCAAUUCAUUCCAACAGCUGGGCUAUCAUCGUUUCUUUGUCAUGCUAUUCCUGGAGCUGAGCUCGCCCGAUGCUGUUCUGGAAUCUCUCAUGCACAGUAUUGUCACAGCAUUUUCACACACGUAUCAUCUCUUGAAUCCAUCGCUGGCGCCAGGAUUUUGCUAUGCAUGGCUGGAGUUGAUCUCACAUCGCAUCUUCAUCGGACGAAUCUUGGCCCAAAUACCUCAACAGAAGGGUUGGCCCCUGUAUGCCCAGCUACUAUUGGAUUUGUUCAAGUAUCUGGCACCAUUCCUACGGAACGCCGAACUAGCGAAGCCAGUACAAUUGUUGUAUAAAGGAACGCUGCGGGUUCUGCUUGUCUUACUCCACGACUUCCCCGAGUUUUUGUGUGACUAUCAUUUUGGCUUCUGUGAUGCCAUACCACCAAACUGUAUACAAAUGCGCAAUAUCAUAUUGGCUGCUUUUCCACGCAACAUGCGCCUUCCCGAUCCCUUCACCCCGAAUCUGAAGGUUGAUAUGUUGGCCGAGACAGCCACAGCUCCAAAGAUCUGUUCAAAUUAUGUGAUGAACAUUCAACCGGCCAAUUUUAAGAAGGAUCUUGAUUCGUAUUUAAAAGCCAGAGCUCCUGUUACAUUCCUUUCGGAGUUGCGUAGCCACUUGCAGAUAUCAAAUGAGCCGGGAUCGCGUUACAAUAUACCGCUUAUGAAUGCCCUGGUAUUGUAUGUGGGUACUCAAGCCAUUGCACAUAUUAGAAAUAAGAACUUAAUACCCAAUACAUCGAAUGUUGCACAUAGCGCCCACAUGGAUAUAUUCCAGAAUCUGGCUGUUGAUCUAGAUACCGAGGGACGUUAUCUGUUUUUGAAUGCAAUUGCCAAUCAAUUGCGUUAUCCGAACAGUCAUACACAUUACUUCAGCUGUGCCGUUCUACAUCUAUUUGCCGAGGCCAAUUCCGAGGCAAUACAGGAGCAAAUUACACGAGUUCUCUUGGAGCGUGUCAUCGUUAGUCGUCCACAUCCGUGGGGUCUUUUAAUUACCUUCAUCGAAUUGAUAAAGAACCCCGCCUACAAAUUCUGGGAGCAUGAUUUUGUGCAUUGUGCUCCAGAAAUAUCAAAGCUCUUUGAAUCGGUUGCACGUUCUUGCAUGGUUAAGUCCAAUCAUCCCCAACAAAUGAACAACAUGGUGGAUGAACAAACAGAAUGGCACAUAGAACGAUAACUAGCCACAGACUACCAACUGACCAACAACCACAGUGACAGCGACAACCAAUGUAACAAAGCGAUAAACAUCAAGAACACGAAGUUCAUCAACUGCACCCCAUACAAACAAAAGGAAGAUACUACAAACAAUUGCAUAUACAAAUGAUUAACGAAUUAAGAAUUUUGCAACCCAUUUCUAAAUUUUAUUUUUAAUGUUUUUAUUUCAUUAUUUUUUUUUUAGUUUAUCAUACUAUACACAUAAAGCGAAAAAAGUCCAAAAAAAAUUGAAAAAACCAAAAAAAAAUCUUAAACUUUUUUUUAUUAUAUUAUAAAUUAAUAUUCUCUUGUAAGUAGUUUAAUAUAAAUAGUUUUUUGUGUGAAAAGAAGAGAAAAAAAUUUAAAUUAAUUUUUAAAGAAUAUCUUUUGAUGUAUUAUAUGUAACACAAAUCACAACAACAAUAAAACUUAAUUAUAAAUGGAAAAUAUCAUUUUGAACAAUAACCAAUUCUUAAGAAAGAAAAA